AUGGGUUACGAAAUCAUUUUACUGGCAAGCAUUCCAGUAGUAGUAGCAUUUAUGAGCUCAAUAAUCGCUUAGUAAAUUGCAUUGUAUUAUACAAAAUAAAUGGUUAAUUAAUACACCGACAACCUCUUUGAGAAUUAGAUAAUGCUUAGCAGUUUAUCCACUUAAAUUCUUUCUUACAGAUUAAGUAAAGAGGUGUAUAAAUUCCCUGUGUAUUUAUAAUAGAUUAAUAGCUAUUAUUUAAAGAUUAUUUAAGGAAAAGUUAAAUAUAAUCCUAAUCAUAUUUAAGCGCUCACCAAUAUAUUUCUAUUGUAUAACCAAAAAGAAGAUCCUGUCUUGACUACGAUGAGCUUGAAAAAUCCCUUUUUAGUAAAUAGUUGGUAUGUAAAAAGCAAGACUGAAAUAAGUUAGCUGGAUCCUUUGGAGAAAAUAAGCUUGUUUAAUUCCUCUUAUUUGAGCCCUCUAAUAAAAACAAUUGGCUACUAUAACUAAUUUAAAUUUUCAAAUCUAAGUGUAUAGACCAUACCUUACUAAUAAGUUAUUUUAGGAACUUCCUAAUCUGGGUUACUAUUUUCUAAUUUUUUAAAUUCUUCUCUUAAAGUCUCUGAUUAACCAAGCGAUAAUUCUGACUUAUUUUCAUAUGAUCCGCGAUAAAGAUUUUGGUAUUUAAAUACUCUUAAUCAGACUUCAUUUUUUAUGAAUCCACCAGAAAUUUCAGUAGGGAUGGUUACUCCUUAUUUAUCAUAAUUUGCAUGUGAAAAAUUAUUAUUUUAUAAUGAAUAAACGAAAUAAGAAGAGGUUCAUCAUGUUCAGUGCAUAGAAGCAAUGCUCUCAAAUUUACAAUAUUUCUUCUAAAAUGUGAUUUAUUCUUCAAAAUAAUAUUAUAUCAUUGAUCCUAGAACUCUAUCUGUAGUAUACGAUUCUAACAAAUAAUAAUAAUACUCAACACAAUCGAGCAUUGACAAUUUUUAUGAUGUUGAGCUCAAAUAUUUAUAAAAUUAAGCCGAGGCGUAGAGCUUUUUAGAUUUAAUAAAUAUUAAAUAUAAUAAAUGGGUUUAUUAAACAACAGAAAAUUACACUUCGAUUGAGUAAAUGAUAGAUUUAAGUUAUUAGCAUGAUAUUUUUGAUUAUCAGAGAAACUAAUCUCUAUAUAAAGUCAUAAUUAAUCCAAUAAUAGGGUAUGAUGAUAUACCUAAAUAUUUGAUCAAAAAUUCAAUCAAUCAUACUUAGUAGCUAGAAUAUGUUUAUUUGCAAAUUAAUAUACUCUCAGAUGAAGAUUUAAGAGCUCAAGGUGAUAAAUUAAUCACUUUUUCUUAUAAUUUAUUUCUAGGUAUAGAAAUAGCAAUAGGUGUUUUCAGUCUAUUUUUUAUAAUUGCAACAGUUUAUUAUAUCAAAUAAAUAAAGAAUUUAAUUUAUCAACCAAUAAUUCAUUUAACAAGGAUUUUGAAAUAGAUUGAUUAGCUGAACAGAAUGGUUGAAAUAUCUGAUAUUAUUCUAGAGUGUGGAAGAAAUGCUGAUGAAAUAUUUCUUUCAUUUGAAACAAAUAUGCUUUAUACCAGUUUUUAUGAGCUAUUUUAGCUAAUUCAAUACACUUCUGAAAAUUUUUAUGUUGAAAAUGAGGGUAGGACUCUUAUUAAUCUGAGUAAGAGAGUUGAUUUUUUUAAGAAAUUUGGGAAUUACUAUGCAGUUGGAAUUAUUCACAAUAAUAUAGGAAAUAUUCUCUUGAAUCAGUAGCAUUAUUUUUAAGCACUUGAAAAUUUUUCUUUGUCAAUUAUGUAUUCUAAAUAUGAAAUUUAACAAUCGCUAAUUCAAAACCCUUAAUUGCUAAGCUUUCAUGAACUUCAAACAUAUUGCUUUAAAGAUAUUAUUGAAAUUUAAUCUACAAAUAGUUAUUGCUAAAAAUAUCUUAAUAAUUAAGAAAAUUAAAUCCAUUUGAAAUCUACAGAAAGAAAGAAAAAGACGUUAAGCAAUCAAGCUAAAAAAUCAGAAUAUUCCAAAACAAACAAUAUGAAUACUUAAGAUAGUUAGGCUGAAUAGAAUCUAAAAAAGCAAGUGAUCACCAUCUAAGCAAUUUAGAACAAGGAAUAAAGAUGUUAUUCUGGUUUCAAAGAAUAUGUUGAAUAAAAUGAAGAAAACGAAGAUAUAAAUUAAAUCAUAGAAUAAAUUGAAAGUCUGUGUUUUAGAUAGUUCAAUUAUAUCUCAACUUUAAUAGCCUUUUAAGAGGACUUAGACCACAAAAAACAUGAAUUUAAUCACUUUAAUUUUUGGCCUGAAAUUAAAAAUCUUGUUCAGCAUCUUUUGCGAUAAUCAGAUCUGCUUCCAUAAAAAUAGAAUUUAUAAGUUUUAUGCUAUUGUGUCAUAUCAAAGUGCUAUUUUAGGUUAUUUUAGAACUCAAAAGCAGAAUAUAAAUUAUAAAAAGUGUAAUAAAUCCUUAAAUAUAUUUAGAUUAAAAGUAAAGAGGACGAUUUAAGCAUCAGACAAAAAAAUAAAAGUGAAAUUCAGCAAUAAAAAAUUUUAAAAAAAAUGUCAAGUGCACUAAUAAAUGAUCAUAUCAAUCAAAUAAAAGCUAAAAGCCCAUUUAAAAGUACAAAAAGAUUUUUUGCUUAAACACCAAUAAAAUAGCAUCGAAAGACUUCUAUUUAAUAAUUAUGUGAUUAAAAUAAAGCAAAUGCAAAUAAUAGUCCUUUUUCUCACUCUCCUUAAAAUAAGCCAUUUUUUUCAAAAAAAAAAAUAAAGAUUGAAAAUGAAAUUGAAUCAUAACCAAUAUCUAAUUUUAGAAGAAAUAGCUUUAAAAAAAAUGAGAUGAAUUCCUUCAAUUUAGUUAAGAAAAAAGAUGGCUCAAAAGGUUAAAUCAGCAGUUCUUAAUUAACAAAAGAUUUAUAAAAUUUAAUGAAUAAAAAGAAAAAGAGUUCGUUAAUUAAUUUGACAUAUGAAAUCUUAGCCUAAUAUUUUCAAUUCACUUAUGCAGAGUUUCUUUUAUUUAAAAAUAAAUAUAAAAGUUCUUCCUUAGUUCUAACUUAGAUGCUUGAAAAGAAUAAAAAUUUAAUGUCUCACAUGCCAUUCAAAAUAGUUUAUAAGUUAAAUCAAAUCUUUAGACAUUUUCAUAUUUAAGAUAAGUUCCUUUGUGAGGAGUAUUCAAGAUUCAACAAUCAAACUUAGAUUUAAAUUGUAAUUUCAUUAGAAGCGAGCACAUAAGAAAGCGAUUAGUACUUCUCAAAAAAUAUUGAUGAAGACUAUGAUCAAAGUAAAUAAAACGAUUUUAUAAUCUUAAAUGAGCUGAUUAAAAAUGUAUUGACAAAUUAAAAUGAUAAAUUAGCGAUAUCUAUUAUAAAAAAAGAAGAGAAAUGUGUUUAAUAAUAUAUGGAAUUAAUAAAUAUACAACAAAUUAAGUUAUCCUUAGAAUAAUUAUUUUAUGAACUUUCUUGGUAAACUUCUCAAAAUUUUUUUCAUUAUAAUUAAAUCUUUAAAACUUUAGAAAUUUCCAAUUAUUAUGAAAAGCAAGAUAUUUAAAUUUCUUAACAAAAUCAUUCAUUUUAAAUUUUUAACACAUCGUAGGAAAAUAUUUAUAGCAAUAAUCAAAGAGAAUUCAUGGAAUUUAGCAAAAUGAAUCAAACUAGAUUUUAUGAAAAAUAUAUGUUUAUCACUCAAAUCAAUCAUUUAAAUAAUUAAAACUAUAAAAACUAAGAAAAUAGCAAUAAUCUUUUAAAUCAAAAUAAUACUUCAGUUGGUCAAAUAUAAAAUUUAAAAAAGUCAGAAAUAGAUUUAAAAACAGAUUUUGUUCAAUGCUAAGACUUUAACCAAACUUAAGAAGAGUAUGAUAGUGGAAUAAAAUUAAAUUUAUAAAUAUAAACAAAUAUUAGAAAUUAAUUAACUAGCGAAAUUAGUAAUUUAUAAAAAUAUAUAGACAACUAAAGUGUUAGUUUAAAUAUAAGUAACAGUUAAAUAAAUGUAGGUGCUUUAUAUGAAAAAAAUGGUUUAUUUCACCACUUUGUAAGAUAAGCACUAAUCUAACUAAUAAAUAAACAAAUAAAUUAUAAAUAUAUUGAACACUUGUAUAAUAAAAAUAAUAAGAAGCCAUAAAAAAUAGACUAAAAUGAGCAUUUCUUUAAUAAAAAGCAGCUAAAAGCUUUAAGACAAAAAUAAACACUUAAAUUCAUAGUUUAUUUAACUGAAUAAAUAUGUCUAAUACAAAAUGAUUUGUUCAGAAGUCUAUGUGAAAUUUUAGCAGAGUUUAACAUAUAAAUUUUAAUAAUUGCACAUAAAAAGGGGACUAAUUUCCUUGAGUAAAGCUAAAAUUAGACCUAUUGCUUUCAAGACAAAGAAUUGAUUAAGGUUUUUUAUGAAGUUACAAAGCUCAAUUCAUAUAUUUCUUUUUAAAGGAACUAAUUUACUAAAUAUACAUACAUGUCUUUUAUAUAAAAAUUUUGA